AUGCGACAAACGAUAGUUCAGUGUCCUGCCGAUAUCAUUCUAGCACCAUCAGGACGCCACCUGACCGAUCUCGAGUACAUUGACGAUGUUGCUAUAUUCGCGGAAAGCAGUACGAAACUUCAACAUGUUGUCAACUUUGUAUCGAAGUUGGCUGCAGCCUAUGGACUACGUCUACGCCCUGAUAAAUGCAAGCAGAUGUGGAUCUCUUCGACCUAG